AGGUAUGUCCGAGCAGCUCUGUAAUGAAGUUCCUCCUCAGUUGAACUCUGUCAAGGAUGAGAAAGUUUCGCUGGGAGUCUCUGCUCAUCAGAUACUCUACACGGAGGGCACUCGGUCGGUGCCUACCUACUCGGAAUUGACAAAUGUUCUGAGAGCUCCGAAAUUAUACGAUCAAUCUCGCGAGUCGUAUUCUACACAAGCUGCCACAACUAGUCAGAGCAGGGCGGAAUUUCCUGUCAAGUUAUGUCCUGCACCGUUUGCAUCCAGUAUACUUCGAGGGAACAGUUGGACUGUGCAAUCUCACGGACACGCUCAAGGCACACAAAGCACAAACAAUUCGAGACAUCGCGCCAACUUGGAGCUUUCUGAUUCGUCAUCAUCGGCCAAAACCGGGACGCAGCAUGGAAUCACCACCUCCAUCUCAAGACCAAGCACGAAUCGAGUGGUUGCCGACAAACGUUGGGUAGAUGAGGACAUUACGCAUUACGGCGCUAUCGAAGAGAACUGCGAUGACUUUGAUGAAUGGGUGGAAAGAGUGGAUGUGUCAAAAUUUGCUAAAGACAUUAGCGUGGACUUGAUGUCAAGACCGCGGUUGGUGAUGAAGAAGGAAAGGAAUCAAGCUGCUGCCAGUCCUUACCCAAAACCGGGAUGGUCGUACUCAAAUUUGAUCGCGUUGGCUCUCAAAAACAGUAAAACAGGGCAGCUGACUGUCUCGGAAAUCUACGCGUUCAUGCUCGAGCAUUUUCCGUACUUUCGAACGGCUCCAUCAGGUUGGAAAAACUCCGUAAGACAUAACCUUUCCCUGAACAAAUGUUUCUGUAAAGUUGAGGUUGACGAAGAUAUCUCCAUGGCUCAACAAACCCGUAAGUCAUGUCUUUGGAUGAUAAAUCCUGAGAGGCUGGAAAAAAUAGAGCAGGACAUAAGAAAAUGGCGAGAGCGCAAUCCAGACACCGCUACAGAAGGAAUGGCUCGACCAGAAGAUCUGCAAGCUAUCGAAGAUGGCACGAAGGGGCUGCCAUUACCAGAGCGAAACUCCAAGCAGAUUUUGAAAACAACUUAUUUUGAGAAUAGAUCUGGACACGGAGAGGUAUAUGCUAGUCGUCGACAUCACAUCAUUAGCAAUGAGGAUGCAGUUGCUGCUGAGGACUUGAUGCAGAUAGUCAAAGAAGACUGCCAGCUUGAACGCAACUGUUACAUGUUUACGCAAAGGUUGUACCCUUCGACGGGCACAGCGGAAGCAGAUCAGCUCUCAUCUCAUCCGGAGCAAGUGCGAGAAAGGGAGAUUUUGCAAACGACAUUUCCUCCUACUGAAAUGUUAGUGGGGACAAGUUCUGUCAACCCAUCGAAGCGACCUCGGACCGAAUCUUUCUAUAGUCCCAUAAAGGAAAUACCGGUGAUGGAUAUGCUACCGAGUACGUUUGUGGAUGCCUUUUUGUCGCUUACACCUCCAAAAACAAAGGAAGUCGAUCCGGAUGCAUCUCUUUCUCCCGUUAGAGAAUCAGGCUUUCGAGACGCUCAUAAUGCACUCAAUGACAACUCUUUGCUUGCUGCUGCUCUGGAGCAAAGCCCCUAUAAAUUACCGGUAACAUUCCCUGUUUUGUAGUUUUGUUAUUGUAAACUUUUAUUUUGAGCAUUAUCACAUUCUUGUUCUAAGUUAUUUUUAUUAUCCCUACCUUAUUAUCGCCUUUGAUUCAUGCUGUUGAUCUCGUUGGGGUUAUGUUUAGGUUUUCCUGUGCUAUACUUUCCAGUUAUUUUCUUUAAUAACUUAAUAAGUCGUUC